AUGGGAGCUCAUUAUUAUCUCAUCACGCAGAUCCGCUUCUUCAAGAAAGGCAUUGAGCUGGUGUCAAAGAAGAUGGACAACUUCCUCUCCUCUGUGUCCAACAUGACUCAAAAUAUCCAGGCCCAGCUGGACUCGGAGGCGGAGGGCAUGCGUGCGGCGCAGAGGGAGCUUCUGUCUGUGGAGGACACGGUCUAUAUGCCAGACAUGGACACUGAGCCUGUCAAUCGCACACUCAUCCAGAAGGCUGGCUAUCUCAACAUUAGAAAUAAAACCGGCCUAGUGACCACAGCCUGGGACCGACUGUACUUCUUCACCCAGGGAGGGAACCUGAUGUGCCAGCCGCGGGGGGCGGUGGCGGGGGGCAUGGUGCUGGACCUGGACAACAGCUCCGUCAUGGCUGUGGAGUGUGAGGACAGACGCUACUGCUUUCAGAUAACCUCCCCCUCAGGAAAAACGUCAAUGAUCCUACAAGCUGAGAGCAAACGGGAAUAUGAAGAAUGGAUUUGCACCGUGAACAACAUUUCCAGACAGAUCUACCUGACUGACAACCCAGAGGCUGUGGCCAUUCGACUGAACAAGAGUGCCAUCCAGGCGGUCACCCCCAUCACCAGCUUUGAGAAGAGACCGGAGGGCGAGGCCAACCCUGACAGAGCGAAGCCAGGCGGGGUCCAUACCACCGGUGUUUCCCAGAAGACGGGGGUUGCUCCGGAAGCAGAAGACCUGAUCGCCCCCGGGACCCCCAUCCAGUUUGACAUCAUGCUGCCAGCCUCCGAGUUCCUGGACCAGAACAGAGGAGGGGGGAGACGCACAAAUCCAUUUGGAGAAACGGACGAUGACUGUUCUCCAGAAAGCGACGACUCCCUCCUGCAGCAGGUGUUCGCCGUGCGCUUCCAGGGUUCGAUGGCGGUGCGCUGCGGGAACAAUCAGGAGGUGAUCUACGAGGCCAUGAGGCAGGUUCUGGCCGCCCGAGCCAUUCACAACAUCUUCAGGACCACAGAGUCACACCUCAUGGUCACCAGCAGCAGCCUCAGGUUGAUUGACCCUCAGACUCAGGUUACAAGAAUCAGUUUCCAGCUGGGGGAAGUGACUCAGUUUGCGGCGCACGAGGAGAACGGCCGGCUGAUGGGCUUCGUGGUGGAGGGCAGGGACUGGAGUGAUGGAGACGAGGAGGGGGAGCCUUCGUUUAGCACCUUCGUCUUCGAGAGCAACACAGAGGGCGAGAAGAUAUGUUACACCAUAAGUUUGGCGAAGGACAUUGCAGAAGCUAAGAAGGACCCAGACGCCCUGGCCCAGCUGUUGAAGAACAUGCCUCUCACCAACGACGGGAAGUUCCUGCUGCUGGAGCCGGAGACGGGCGACACGACCAACGGAGCGGAGGAAGACCUGGAGUCUGAAGCCUAGUCCCCCCCUCAGGACCAAAAAAACCACCAGGGACACGGUCCGUCCUUUGCCUCGGAGAGAAGUUUCUCCUUGAAGGUGACGCCAUGACCGGCUAACCCCUAACUCUGGUACUCUAGCAGCCAUAAUAGAGAGUGUAGGUCACUUCCACUCACCCUCUGUCACAGACCUGGAAGGAACAAAAAGCAGAACUGAUGGCUUCUCUAUCAGAUCUGCUUUUCUUUUGUAGCACGGGUCUUUGGAUUUGGAGUUGUAUUUACACCUACUGUAUGUGUGGGACUAAAAAGGGAACAAUAGGUAUCGAUUGUGUUUCAAUGUCUUCUAAUAUCCCCGGCUAUCUAACAGAAGGUGGUGAAUUACUUUGUUUUAGGUUUACAUUAGUUCUUAGGUUUUACGUCGUUUGGAGAGUUCAUUCCUUUGCUUUGUUUACACGUUAACUUGUACGUUAUGCUCUUAUGCAACUAUUUGUGUUUAUUUUGUUUGUUCGUGUACAAAAAAAGUUAUUGCACUUCCAAAGUUAAUAUCAGUUUAGUAAUGCUUGACGGCUACCGAAUGCCCUUAUUAAGACAUUUGAAGUAUCUUAGACUUUUAAGACAACGAAGGACUUCAAAAUGGUUUAAUUAAUGUCGAUCUUUAAUCAAUGACUGUUAAAUUCCUUAUGAUUUAAACUGUGUGAGCAUGUGUGCCCUGAACAGUGGACACAAUUGGCAUGAGCGAUUAGAUUAAGCAUCUUUGUUCUUCCUGCACUCUUACCACUUACACAUAUGGUGGUCUUAAGCAUUCCUACUAAACUGAAUUCAUGUAAUAUUUUUUUGUUAUAACCACUACCUAUACAAAGCAAGUCUUAAGAUGAUCUGUAUGCAAGGUUCUCCUCAAGCAGCCAAAUAAUAUUUAGUAGGUUGGGCUAGGUUUCUUUAAGGCGUUUUGUAAAUACGAGCCGUGCGAGUGUCUAUAUGGUGUUUAAUCAGUCGGCUGCAUUAAAAGCUUUCAGAGUCAAUAUGCUAGGACUAAUGCGGUGCAUGAUUAAAUAAUGGCGUUCUCUCCGUCCCGUCGCAGAAUAUUAAAACUACACUGAGCGCUGAGCUGUAAUAUUAAAAUAAAUGUCACGGUAACGCAUGUAGGCAGUGGGGUAUAAUGUACGUUUGAAUACAGGAAGAUUAAAGGAAGGCAGGCGACCCGUCCCCUUUGGGUCCAUGUUCGGUUUUAGUCAAUUUGAGCUGUUAUGAUAUUAAUGGACGGUGGUGUUGAAAGAUGAAAGUGUUUUUGUACCUGUAAUACAGACGGGGUCAUAACCACUGACUUGACGUUGAUCGUGAAAGUUACAUUGUGUUGACCAUUGAGUGUCUGUCUGCUUUUUUUUUUUUCACUCUAUCAGAUUUCUUGGCGUAAUCACAUAUUAAACACGGAAUAAGUCUGGAUAUUUCCUCAAGGACUGUCUGUUCUUCUGGUGAAAUCAUUAAUUAUGAGUAUGUUUUGUCACUACUCAUUGUAAUCUACCGAAUAGUUUGACAUUUGGGGAAUGGGUACAUUUGCUAUCUGGUGUAAGAAGAAAAGAUUGAUAAACUAAAAACAGGUGUUAAAAGCUUUUGAAGAGACAUGGAGCGUUACAACAUAUUCCGAUCAAUAAUGGAAAUUGAAGUUUUUGUAUUUAUCUCCUCAAACUCUUACUGUAAGUAUAAUGAAAGCGUCCCUCUUUAGUGCUGUUCUAGUGAAGGCAAGAGAGUACACGACUCUCACAGCACAAUGGAGACAUGUUCAUAUGUUCAAGCCUCUCUCUGUGGCCUUUGCCUGAAGCUUUUUGUGAAGCCUGCUCAUUCUCAUUAUGAAACUGUAAUGGUAAUUAACCUUGAACCACGUCUCAGACUAUUUCCUAUUGGGUCCUUCAAUCUGAAAAUAAUUGGACCUGGGGAGUCCUUGAAAAGUGAAUACAUUUGAUGAUUAAGGUGGUGUGGUACUCUUAAUGAAAAUAUUGUUGUCAAAGGGUCACAGUAUCCAUGUUACUACACUAAGAUAAUGAGCGUGUUUCCCUAAAUGUCAAACUUUUGCUUUAAGUGGCGACGGUUAACCAUUUCUCUUCCUGUUGCCUGAUGUAAAUGCGUAUUGGCAGGUCUUCUGAUGCUUUAAAGAACAAUUCAUCCAUCCAGUAUGUUUGCCCUGUUCUUCUUCAGGUGCUGGUUGACACGCUUCAAUCACACCGUUAAUAAAACUAAAGCUUUGCAAACUAACCUGCAGUCCACAAGA